GCACACGGGAGCAUCCCUCAAGUUUGGGCGCAAGGGCGCUCGCAGCACGGCAGGCAGGGAGCGCUGGGCCGCCAAGCAUGCCGGAGCCACGGGCGCGGGCGGCGCCGCAGCCGCGUGUGCGGAUGGUGGUGCGGACCGCGCCGCGCCGUGCGAGCUGGGCGUGGCGGCCUGGUGCGAGCCCGGCGGGGAGCCGGCGCGUCACCUGGACGGCUCACAUGCCGCAGCGGCCGGGUCAUCGGUCAUGAGUCUGAGCCGGCAUGGCAGCGGGACCGAGGGGCUGCUGGCGGCCGGCCUGCCCCAGCAGCUGCCACAGUCCCAGGCGCUGCUGGGGGCUCUGCCGAUUGCCGCAAUCGGAGCCUCUGCGCCCUUUGCGGGGCCGCUCCUCCAGCAGAGGCCGCCGCCUGCACAAAGCGCAUUGCCCGGCGUGCAGCUGCCACUGCGGCAGUUGGGGGUUGACACCGCCGCCGGCGCAUCCCAGCAGCCCUGCUGGUCGGCGUGGGGUAAGGGCGGCCCCCCCGGCCACACGCACCCGCUGGUGUCGGCGCCUGCUGAGGCCUGGCAGAGCGUGGCGACAACCUGGCCCCUCAUGCUGCCGCAAGCGCCGCACGUCAGCACCCUGCAGCAUCACCACACUGGCAACGGGCUAGCCGAGGGCCACAUCUUUCUCUAG